GCGAGCCGCGCUGGACAAUGAGCUCGGCGGCUUGACGCUGCGACCACUUUUAGCCGGGGGCGCGGGCCCACCUGCAAGGAGAGGGCGGGAUGCCAGGGCCAGGUGUCCCGGCGUUCUAGGGUCCCUCACAGUCAGACGUCCCCGAACCGGUUCUCGCUGUGACACUAGGCUGCCCCGAGGCUUUGACAGGAACGUGUUUUGCGGCGCGCCCGGGUGCAGUCGCGAUGGCCAGCGCCAGGAGUAUUGAGCUGGAGCACUUUGAGGAACGGGACAAAAGGCCGCGGCCAGGGUCGCGGAGGGGGGCGCCCAGCUCCUCCGGGGGCAGCAGCAGCUCGGGGCCCAAGGGGAAUGGGCUCAUCCCCAGCCCGGCGCACAGUGCCCACUGCAGCUUCUACCGCACGCGGACCCUGCAGGCCCUCAGCUCGGAGAAGAAGGCCAAGAAGGCGCGCUUCUACAGGAAUGGAGACCGCUACUUCAAGGGCCUGGUGUUUGCCAUCUCCAGCGACCGCUUCCGGUCCUUCGAUGCGCUCCUUAUGGAGCUCACCCGCUCCCUGUCGGACAACGUGAACCUGCCUCAGGGCGUCCGCACCAUCUACACCAUCGACGGCAGCCGGAAGGUCACCAGCCUGGACGAGCUUCUGGAAGGUGAGAGUUACGUAUGUGCGUCCAACGAACCAUUCCGUAAAGUGGAUUACACCAAAAAUAUUAAUCCGAACUGGUCUGUGAACAUCAAGGGUGGGACAACCCGAUCAUUGGCUGCUCCUUCCUCUGUGAAAAGUGAAGUGAAAGAAAGUAAAGAUUUCAUCAAACCCAAGUUAGUGACUGUGAUUCGAAGUGGAGUAAAGCCCAGAAAAGCUGUGCGGAUCCUUCUAAAUAAAAAGACUGCUCAUUCCUUUGAACAGGUCUUAACAGACAUCACUGAAGCCAUUAAACUAGACUCAGGAGUGGUCAAGAGGCUUUGCACACUGGACGGAAAGCAGGUUACUUGUCUGCAAGACUUUUUUGGUGAUGAUGAUGUUUUUAUUGCAUGUGGACCCGAAAAAUUCCGUUACGCCCAAGAUGACUUUGUCCUGGACCAUAGUGAAUGCCGUGUCUUGAAGUCAUCUUAUUCUCGUUCUUCAGCUGUGAGAUAUUCUGGAUCCAAAAGCCCUGGGCCCUCUCGACGCAGCAAAUCACCAGCCUCAGUAAAGAGGGGUGCCCACUACUCCAGUGCCUAUUCUACAGCCAAAUCCCCAGUUAACGGAACUCCCAGCAGCCAGCUUUCUACUCCUAAAUCUACAAAAUCCUCCAGUUCUUCUCCAACUAGCCCAGGAAGUUACAGAGGAUCAAAGCAGGUUUCUGCACAUGGUGGAUCUUCUUCCAAUGUAAAUGGUGGACCUGAACUUGAUCGGUGCAUGAGUCCGGAAGGUGUGAAUGGAAACAGGUGCUCUGAAUCUUCAACUCUUCUUGAAAAGUACAGGAUUGGGAAAGUCAUUGGUGAUGGCAAUUUUGCAGUGGUCAAAGAAUGCAUGGACAGGUCCACUGGAAAGGAAUUUGCCCUGAAGAUUAUAGACAAAGCGAAAUGUUGUGGAAAGGAACACCUGAUUGAGAAUGAAGUGUCAAUCCUGCGCCGAGUGAAACAUCCGAACAUCAUCAUGCUGGUUGAGGAGAUGGAAACGGCUACUGAGCUCUUUCUGGUGAUGGAGUUGGUCAAAGGUGGCGAUCUCUUUGAUGCAAUUACCUCUUCAACCAAGUAUACAGAGAGAGACGGCAGCGCCAUGGUGUACAACCUCGCCAACGCCCUCAGGUAUCUCCACGGCCUCAGCAUCGUGCACAGAGACAUCAAGCCAGAGAACCUCCUGGUAUGUGAAUAUCCUGAUGGAACCAAGUCUUUGAAAUUGGGAGACUUUGGGCUGGCUACCGUGGUAGAAGGACCUUUGUACACAGUCUGUGGCACGCCAACUUAUGUGGCUCCAGAAAUCAUUGCUGAAACUGGCUACGGCCUGAAGGUGGACAUCUGGGCGGCAGGAGUGAUCACCUACAUACUGCUCUGUGGGUUCCCACCAUUCCGGAGUGAGAACAAUCUCCAGGAAGAUCUCUUUGACCAGAUCUUGUCUGGGAAACUGGAGUUUCCAGCCCCCUACUGGGAUAACAUCACGGACUCAGCAAAGGAAUUAAUCAGUCAAAUGCUUCAGGUAAAUGUUGAAGCUCGGUGUACUGCGGGACAAAUCCUGAGUCACCCCUGGGUGUCAGAUGAUGCCUCCCAGGAAAAUAAUAUGCAAGCUGAGGUAACAGGUAAACUAAAACAGCAUUUUAAUAAUGCGUUCCCCAAACAGAACAGUACCACUACCGGGGUCUCUGUUAUCAUGAACACGGCUCUAGAUAAGGAGGGGCAGAUUUUCUGCAGCAAGCACGGGCCCGACAGCAGCAGAGCCGCGCCGGAGCAGACCUCUCCAGCUCCUCCCCCGGCCCAGGGCUCCUCUGUGCCCGGGGCGGCCCUGCCCCCUGCCCGGCCCGCGUCUCCCACCCCGGCCUCCCCGCCCGCCGGCCCGGGCUGUGAGCGCGCAGGGACCUGGCGCCGCCACCGGGACUGAGCCUGCAGGCCUCCGCGGAGCCCGAAGCGCCUGGGCCCCGCGCCCCACCCGCUCGCUGGAAGCUCUUCUCUCCUCUCUGCUGGUCUCCUCGUCUGCUGGCCUCCCCCAGGGCUGCCUGCCGCCUCGGCCGCGUCUGGUGCUCCGGGCUCUGCCCUCCGGCUCGGGGAGUGGUGCGCGGUGUCCACUUUGGUGACAGAUGCUUGGAGUGGCUCUCGUUUUCAGCCAUCCGUGGUUUCAGUGUAACGGACAUUUUACAGCUUUGCCAGGAGAAUGUGCAGCUUUUAUCCAGCAUUCAAUGCGUUUUUAUAGAAACACUGGAUGAAUCAAGCUCUCUACCUUAUUUAAGUAAACCCGGAGCACUCCCUCUUUUCUUACAAAGAACUUACAGCUGCAUUUGUCCCUUCGUGGGUGUCUUGUGAGAGGUGACGCAACACCUUCCUGUGCUGAGGCGGUUGGAGGGGACCGGCUUUCUAAUGAAAUGGGCACCUAAGGGGACAUUCUGGUCAUCGCACACUGACUCCAGACCUGAGACGUGCUUCAGGGGCCGAUGGAACACCACAAACUGAGGACAGUACUGGCUAUUUAUCUGUGCACAGACCACAGGAGAAGGUCACCUUCUUCCCUCGACAUUCUGUUUUCCAUCAAUUCUUCCCACUAUGUAUUCGGAAAUGCUAAUGAACUUGUCCUUUGGGUUCCUUAAUGAAAGGCUUGGUGCAUGUGGCGUCACCCUGGCCUUGGCGGUUUCUUCUCAGCAAACCAGCUGCUAGCCGAAUGGAAUAAGCUAGGUUUCCCAAGCACCGCCAGCAUCUCCUUUCAUCAGCUGCUCUCUGGCUGGAACCAAGACCAAGGAAAGGUGUGGGAUGCACAGUCAGGACUGGGGCCAGGACGGGGCCCUGGGCACCCUCUGUUAUUAACCUUCUGGAAGGCUGCUGGCAGUUUUUCCUUUUUUCCCACCCCCUUGCUCUUUUUAAUAAUUGUAUAUAAUCAGUGUAUUUGUUUUACCUGCUCAUCUUCUAAACUGGUGGGCCCUGUAGUUCAUCUCAUUGUUCGAUUUUGCCUUCUAUAAGUGUACCCAACCUGCAAUAAACUCUUCCUUCUUGAGAAAAAGCAA